AUGCUUCAUCUUCUCCCAUCAGGACUUCUGGGCUUCGGUCAAGGAGCUGCAUUCCUCGGUAUUUGUUUGACCUCAUACUGGAUUAUUCCCUUCCUCCACGGUCUUACGAUUUCUUCUACAAGGAAUGUUCCUGGACCGUUUCUGGCCAGAUUCACGCGAUGGUACGAAUAUUUUGCCCUCUUACGCGGGAAAUCCCAUGUCGAAUACAUGCAGUUACACGACAAAUUUGGAGCUGUGUUACGCAUUGGUCCAAAUCGCUAUAGCUUCAGCGAUCCCAGUGAUGUGAAGAUUAUAUACGAGCUGGGUUCCAAAUUCACCAAGACAGAGUAUUACCAUCCAUUACUGGCGCCCAACCCAGACGAUCAAAACAUCUUCGCAAUAAGAGAUCCAGCUUUCCAUAAAAUGCGGCGCAGGAAAAUUGCCAAUUUGUACAGCAUGUCCACGAUCGUUUCUUACGAGGGCGCGGUCGACCGGAUGAACAAAAUCUGCAUGGACAAACUCAAGAAGUAUGCGAUUGAAGACCGCGAGCUUUCUCUGCCCGACUUUUUGCAGUGGUAUGCAUUUGAUGUGAUUGGUGAUAUUACGUUCAAUGAGUCGUUUCGAAUGAUGGAAAACGAAGGGGAUGUUACCGGAAUGAUCAGCGGUGUACAUAUGGCCAACAAUUACCUGGCUCAUGCUGGAAUCAUCCCUGACGUGCAUCCAUGGGUCAUGCGCCUUCAGAGUUUGAUUGGAAACAAAGGAGCCGCGAUGUUCCUCGAUUUUACGUUUCGCCAGAUCAACAAGUACCGUGCAUCGAAUACAAAGGACACAGUAACGGUCGGAUCUGAUAGUUUCCUUGGAAAGCUCAUCUACUUACAGAAAGAGGGCAAGGUGAGUAUGUCUAAUAUCCUGGACGCUUGUGGCAGUAACAUCGGGGCCGGUUCAGAUACCACUGCAAUCGGCCUUAGCUCGAUCAUCUACUACCUUUACAACAAUGCCGAUGUAUUAGCCAAGCUUAGAGAGGAGAUCGAUAAAAUGGCGCAGCAAGGACUCAUAUCGGAUCCAAUAACCUUCCAGGAAGCUCAAUCGAUGCCGUAUCUACAAGCGGUUAUCAAAGAGAGUCUCCGUCUCCAUCCAGCUGUUGGAACUAUACUCCCUCGCAAAGUUCCUGAAGGAGGUGCAACACUAGCUGGAACCUUUUUCCCAGAAGGGACCGACGUUGGAGCAAAUGCAUGGGUGCUGCACUACAGCAAGGACAUCUAUGGCGAUGAUGCUGCGAGUUACAAGCCUGAGAGAUGGCUGGAACCUAAGGGAACCAAUGAUUUACGUGAAACCAUGAUGUUCGCAUUCGGUGCAGGAUCACGAGCAUGUAUCGGGAAGAACAUAAGCCUCUUGGAGAUGACAAAGCUUCUGCCUCAGAUUGUUCGCAAAUUCGAUUUUGUUUUCGACAAUUCCAGUCCUCCUGAAACGUAUUGCGCCUGGUUUGUAUACCUGAAAUACAAUGUGCAGGUCAAGGUUAGGGCAAUAUCCUAA